AUGCUGCCGGCUCUUUUUUCCCUCGCAGCUCUGCCUCUGGCAGCACAGGGCCUAAGUGAGACGCCCGCUGACAACCGCAUGGUUCAGCAGCCUGGCCUGAUCCGGUAUCCCAUCACCGUCUCUGAGGGUACCGCGUCCAAGAGCAUCGUACUGCGGCGUCAGAAUGACGUGGCCGUCGAAUCGCGCAAGACGGGCUUCAUCUACACAAUCGAAAUCAACAUCGGGAUGCCGCCCCAGCCGGUGAGCGUGAACUUUGACACGGGUUCCAACGAGCUCUGGGUCAACCCCGUUUGCAGCAAGGCGGCCGACCCCGAUUUUUGCCAGUCCUUUGGCCGCUUCAACGGCUCCCAGACGUUUGUAGACGUGAACCGCAAUGAUACCAUUCACUACGGUACCGGCCUUGCCCAGCUGGAAUUUGGCUACGACUACGUUCAGAUAGGCUCUGCCAAGAUCAGCCAACAGAUAUUUGGCGUUGCCACGUACUCCGAGUUUGCCACGAUUGGCGUCUUGGGUGCCGGCCCCAGCCUUGAUGGAUGGGACAGCCCCUAUCCGUUCGUUAUCGACUCGCUCGCCAGGCAGAAUUUCACAAAUAGCCGCGCCUUCUCGCUCGACAUUCGCUCCAUAGAGAGCAAGCGCGGGUCCGUCGUCUUCGGUGGUAUGGAUACCAAGAAGUUUUCGGGAAAGCUCGAGAAGCGGCCCAUCAUCCCGGCGGCACAGUCCCCUGAUGGUAACACGCGCUACUGGAUAUACCUUGACGGCAUCAGCAUUCGCCUGGACAACGGCUCCGUCGUCAACGUCUUCGAUCGACCCAAUGGCCAGCCAGUGCUCGUCGACAGCGGCUACACUGUUAGCACCUUGCCAACCAAUAUCUUCAAUGGUAUUGUCAAAGCCUUCCCCGACGCCACCCCCCCAAGUAGCGGGUCAACACUAUGGAAAGUUUCGUGUGACACGGUCAGUUCUCGGGGCUUCGUCGACUUCAAGUUUGGCGAGACCGUUAUCAACGUUCCGUACAACGACUUUAUCUGGCGCCAACCCGAGUAUGGUCUCUGCAUCCUCGGCGUUUCCCCAGAUGAUGCUUUCCCCGUCCUUGGCGACAUUUUUCUGCGUGCUGCCUACGUCGUAUACGACCAGGACAACCGCAACAUCCACCUGGCUAACAACGAGGACUGUGGUUCCAACCUCAUACCCAUCGGCAAGGGGCCCGACGCCGUCCCUUCUGUUAUUGGUGCGUGUGGUGGCCAAGCGACGUCGACUUCUUCGCCAGAAAGCCGCGCAACACUUACAACCGGAUUUGCGUCCCUGGAAGCCGGUUCCGCUGAGUCUACUGUCAUGGCGAAGUCAUCGAGCAGCUCGGCUCCUUCUCCGACCGAUACCAACGUCAGCGACUUUGUCGAAAGCGACGGCAACUCCAACACAAGCAGCCAUGAAAGUGACAUAACCAGCAGUAUUACCAUCCGCAGCCAAAUCCCCGAUAGCACCAGAAUCCCUGAAGUCAACACCCAAUGUAGCAACACCAGCUGCAGGAACGGGGCCAUUACCUCCAAAUUCUCUGGCGGUAGAGAAACCGCCGAAAUCUCCCAACUUUUGAGCCAGCCACACCCUGCUACCGUUGAUGCCAUCAAGUCCAUCGAAACUCCAGCUGGUGCAUCCACCACCAUCUCCUGCCCGCCAUAUGCAAUACAUUGCGCAUUAGGAUCCGUCGCGAGGGAGAAAGUAAAAAGUACAAUGCUCUGGGCUCCAGGUAGGAACGCGACGAAAAUCUCCGCCUUCAACGCUUCCAUUGCGGUGGUUCCUACACCCAGCAUCACCUCUGUCUUCACCACCACUGAGAUGCACACCAUCACCGCCUGCGGUGGUGAGGGUGCUUGCAAAAAGGGCCAUGUCACCACCCGUGUCAUCACGAAGACGACUUACCUGUGCCCAGAAUCCACCGCUACGUGGACCAUACCGAGCAUCUACACUUGCGUCAAAAGUGACCAGGGCUGCAAUCCUGGGGACAAACAAACGUCAAUGCAAAUAAUCACGAUAGUCCCUGUCACGCCCAAUCAGAAGCCCACCCCCGUCCCUGGUUGUGCCGAUUGCAGGAUGCCUCCUCCGGUACCGAUUGUCCCGAUCAUGUCUGCCGAGACGACCCUUGCGCAGACAUACCCUGUUGUACAAACCCCUGAGGUCCAGACGUUCCCAGUUAUGGUUUCCUUGAUAACCCUUCCGUCUCUUGUGGAAAGCCUUCCUGCUCCAUCAUUUUCUCCUCAAUCGACUCCCGUCCAACUGCCUAUUGUAGAAAAAAUUCCUGUCCAAAUCCCCAAAGUGCUUCUUUCCCCUCCUUUCCAAAAUACCACCGCGCAGUCGACAUUCAGCCAAGACAAAUCUAACACUACCAGUGCUACAACACCGGAGGUACCAGGAAUUAUCCAGCCAAUUUAUGUGAAGAUUCCCUCAGUGAUCCUACCCCCUCCCGCUGAUUACUUCGCUGCGAAGGCAACAUUCAUCCAGGACAACUCCAUUGCCAACAACACCAAUGCCAUGACACAAGUUGCGCCGGCCACCACAACAACCACCUCACGGACUCCGGUGCCAUUCUUACCCAUGAGUCCCGCUGUUACUCUGUGGCAUAUGCCCCAUGCUGCUGCAGUUGCCAUGGGAGUUCUGGUAAUGGCUAUCAUGUAA